AUAAGUAGGCACGCGUUACCGCUCUUGGUGUAUGAAUUGGCAUUUCCUUGAUUUUGUUACUCAAACAACAAGCUUCUUCCUAAAGUUUUCAAAGGUGAGCCAAACUCUUCAAAUCUUACACAAUCGCCAACAUACAUCAACACAAUAAUCUCUCAACUUCCUCGUUUUUUUUUACGGUUGGAUUUGAUAAAGGGAAACUGAACUCAACUCCAAGUGAUCCUGUUUAUUGAAUACAUGGGUUCAGCAGCAGCGGAGGUUUUGUCUGAGAGAGGUAGUAAUAAAUUGGUUGGGAUACGGUUCCUUGAGUAUUUAAAAGGAAGUUCUGUUUCCUUCAAAACCCAUCAAGCAAUUGUUUUGAUUGUAACAUUUUUAGCUUAUGCUAGUUAUCAUGCCACUAGAAAAACCACUAGUAUUGUAAAGAGUGUCCUUGAUCCUCAAUCAUCAUCCAAUCUAGGCUUCAAUUUCUGGCUAGUAACAAAUCACACUCACUCAACACUUUCUUCCAACCUUGGUGAUGGUUGGGCACCAUUUAAUGGAUCCGACGGGACAUUGCUUCUUGGCCAAUUGGAUGUUGCUUUCCUCGCAGUGUAUGCUUUUGGGAUGUACUUUUCUGGACAUUUUGGUGACAGGUGUGAUUUGAGGAUUUUUUUAACGAUUGGGAUGGUUGGAACUGGGGUUUUCACUUCCCUUUUUGGUUUAGGGUUUUGGGGAAACAUCCACAAUUUCUAUUAUUAUUUACUUGUUCAAAUGGUUGCCGGCUUGUUUCAAUCUACUGGAUGGCCAUCCGUAGUUGCUGUUUUGGGUAACUGGUUUGGAAAGAGAAAGAGAGGCUUGAUCAUGGGAAUUUGGAAUGCUCAUACUUCUGUUGGGAACAUUGCUGGUUCUUUGAUUGCUUCUGCUAUGUUGGGAUAUGGAUGGGGAUGGUCCUUUCUUGUGCCGGGAUUAAUCAUGUCUUUCCUUGGUUUUAUGGUUUUCGUAAUAUUGCCUGUUUCGCCUGACUUGGCUGGAGUCGAGGAAGAUGAUUAUACUUGUCCAAAGAAAACUGGUGACGAUGUCACAGAAUCUCUCUUAAGGCAAGACACUCCUCCUGCACAAGAGAAAGAGAAAGCGGUAGGGUUUCUAGAGGCAUGGAAAAUUCCAGGGGUCGCUCCUUUUGCUUUUUGUCUCUUCUUUGCCAAAUUGGUUGCAUAUACUUUUCUCUAUUGGUUACCAUUCUAUGUUAGCCACACAGCUAUUGAUGGAAAAUAUCUAUCCAGUGAGACAUCAGGUUCAUUAUCCACUUUAUUUGAUGUUGGAGGAGUGCUUGGAGGAAUUCUAGCCGGUCACAUUUCUGACCGCUUAAAUGCUAGAGCCAUAACUGCAGCAAGUUUCAUGUACUGUGCAAUCCCCGCACUCUUCUUCUAUCGAACCUAUGGUCACAUUUCGUUGCUUGUAAAUGGAACAUUGAUGUUUCUCACUGGCAUGUUCGUAAAUGGGCCUUACGCUCUUAUAACAACAGCAGUUUCGGCUGACCUGGGAACACACAAGUCGCUGAAGGGAAAUUCACGAGCUCUGGCAACCGUCACGGCUAUUAUUGAUGGAACUGGUUCUAUAGGGGCUGCAAUUGGACCUUUAUUAACUGGGUACAUCUCUGCAAAAAGCUGGAGUGCAGUUUUCACAAUGUUGAUGGGUUCAGCUUUAAUAGCAGGGCUGUUUCUCACCAAGCUUGUUGUGUCAGAGGUGGCCACAAAGAUCGAAGAGUCAAGGUCUAGUAGAGUACCGGAGUGUUCACUCGAUGUAUAAGAAUCAAUACUGUGUGUGACUGCAUGAAUAUUCCCAGAGAGCCGAAGAAUACUUGUUUGAAUUAAAAAGGAGCAGGACCAUAUAGUGUUUAAAAAUUUAGAGAAUGUUUAUUUGUACAUUUAUAUGAUAUAUACCUUCCCAAUCACCCACCCAUUUAAGUAUAUAGUUUCAUCCUUCAAAAACUGCUUGUAGCUUUUGAAUUUUGAAAGUGAGCCAUAUUGUUUGGAAUUUGGAGAUCAAGAAUGAAAGUUGUGAUUUACAAAUUGA